AUGUUUUUGAGAAGGGCUGCUUUCUUGAAACACAAUCUUUGGGUUACACCAUAUGCAUGCCAUGAGAUGUUUGCUGGAGGAGAGUUUCCUGAGCAGAAUCCGCGCGUCGGGGAAGGAUUGGCUACAUGGGUUAAGCAGGAUCGGCCUCUUGAAGAAACUGAUAUUCUUCUUUGGUAUGUAUUUGGAAAAACACAUGUUGCUCGGCUAGAAGACUUGUCUUGCCAGUGGAGCGCAUUGGGUUUAUGCUCAUGCUGCUCUCCUGCGGUGGAUGUUCCACCUAGUCCUUGUGAGUCAUUGAAUGCCAAGCCAACUCAGAGCGGGGUGUUACCAAAGCUUUGA